CGUGAGCAUUCAAGCUUGGCAACAUGACUACGCCUGCUAAUACAGAUAGAGUCUCCUAUUCCUCACUGGCAUCGCGGGGUGAGUAGAUCCUGGUUGUUCACAUCGUUCAGAGACUUCCAUCUUCAGUUAUUCUACUUACCCUUUCACUCAUGUGAGACUCGGCUACAAGCCUCGUGGUUGUCGAAGUCGUCCGUCAAAGAACUUGAACGUAAAUUGCAACUAUUGAACUGACUGAUGAUUCCUAGCUAUGCCUAUUCUCAGAUCCGCUACCUCUCACUGCCUAUACCACCAGCACUAGCCCUUUUCACACUGGUGCUUCCCCUUAUCACCGGUAUAUCAACACGGGGUGCCUACGGCUUGAUCCAGCGAUCGAAGAAUGAGCCAUAUCAACUCACGAUCCCCCUCAUAGCUGUGAUUGGAUUCCAGCUCAUCUACGAAACUAUCGUCGUAACAUUGAGCCUGACAUAUAUCCUGCCGCCUUCUUCACUAGUCUGUGGUCUGCAUGACCGAUGGCAAAAACUCUAUGCACAAAAAUCCAGUGCUAUUCGAACAAUCCAAGACAGUUUCGAUUGUUGUGGCUUCAAGACUGUUGGGGAUCGUUCAUUUCCAUUCCAAGAUUCGAAAAGACCGACGUGUGCAGCGGACUAUCACAGAAGCUCGAGUUGUUGGGAACAGUGGCGGCAAGCGGAGCAAACCAAUGCCGGUUUGUUGCUACUUGUUGCUGUCAUAGUUUUUAUUGUCAAGGUCUUGUCGAUUCUGUCUCUGCUUACAACCAGAGAGGACUCUUCUUGGAGCACUCCGUGGAUCCGCCGCUUCAAGCGAAGAGCAAAUGGCGAUGCUGAGGACCCAGAAGAUGAUCAUAGAGCUUCAAUGAGGAGACUGAUUGAAGACAAUGCUAACCGUGAGGGGUAUCAUGAUGGGCCGGACGAAUCGGUCGAGAGAGGAAAUCGUAGUGGAGAUCAAGGCCCAAGGGUUGAACCAUCUCCACUGACAGUUACCAAUGAGUGGCACGAUGAAGGAACUUCACGAGCCUGAUCACUGAAUACUUGGACUUACGUUAGGUGCUCACCGAGAGUGGCGUUCCUACGAUAUUUGGAAGAUCUGAUGGGAUUGGAUACGACGGCGCUUGAAGCGUCUUUCAUUUGCGGAGGAGUCUAUCCAGAACACGAUAGCGUCUGUUACGGAGCACAUGCUUGCAUCUCAUAUUAUGUUGGGACAUUAGUCUACUCGUUAUUUCUUGUUCAUUGAGCUUUGGGAAUCGAAACAUUUGUUCUGCGCAACCCCUACUUGGCCCCCCAAGUAAUGCACAGGCGCGUGAAACAAUCCAAAAUAUCACGCGUCACCCCACGCUUGAGC